AUGACGUUUUUUGGCGAUGGGUUCACUUAUGGUUUUUGUGUGACGAUUUUCGCUUUUUUUCCACUUCCUCCCACCACCGGCACGGAACAACUUAUCGAAGGCAGGGUGAUUUCCGCCCCGGUGAGCCUAUCGUACGGCCCCUCCACAAAGCACCAGAAGUUGUUUAGCGUCAUUUCUGCUUCCACUUUUCAACCCAGGAUUGUUAAGAAGUCGAGCUAUUCACUCAUAGAGCUACGGUAUCCUUUGAAAAUGUCCUCUAAAUCAUUACAAUACGCAAACGACUUCGUGUCGUUUCUCAACAGCUCUCCAACUCCUUAUCAUGCCGUUGACACUAUCAAGAAAUCGUUGCUAGCCAAGGGUUUCAACGAAUUGUCAGAAAAGACCAACUGGAGAGGCUUGAUCAAGAAAGGGAGCUCUUAUUUCGUUACCCGUAACGGCUCCUCGAUCAUUGCCUUCACCGUGGGUCAAAAAUGGUUGCCAGGAAAUGGGAUUUCCAUUAUCGGAGCCCAUACCGAUUCCCCAACCCUUCGUAUUAAGCCAGUUAGUAAAGGUACCAGUAAUGGGUUCAUCCAAGUGAAAUGUGAGACUUAUGGUGGGGGGAUCUUCCAUUCAUACUUUGACAGAUCCUUUUCCGUGGCUGGGAGACUCUUCAUCACCAAGAAUGGCAAGAGUUACCCAAAGUUGGUGAAGAUUGAUAAGCCAAUUCUUCAAAUCCCAACCUUGGCGAUCCAUUUGGACAGAUCGGUCAACACUAAGUUCGAAUUCAACAAGGAAACCAAAUUGGUGCCUAUUGCUGGUUUGGAAAACCCAACCGGAGCUAAGAACUUCAAAAAACAAGAAGAAAAAGAACACAGUUGUGCCGAUGGGUCUGAUUUGUCUGAUGAAGAAUUCCAAGCUUUGGAUUCCCUUGUCAGUAGACACAGUCCAGAAUUCAUGAAGGUCGUUGCCAAAGAAGCCGGUGUGGAAGUUUCUGACAUUGAAGACUUUGAAUUGAUUCUUUUUGACCAUAACAAGUCCACAUUAGGCGGCCUCAAUGACGAGUUUGUGUUUUCUGGAAGAUUGGAUAACUUGUUUUCAUGCUUCUGCGGGACUGAAGCAAUUAUCAACGCCUCCAAGACUUUGGCCAAUGAACCAGGGAUCCGUUUAUUGGCAAUGUUCGACCACGAAGAAAUCGGUAGUCAGUCUGCCCAAGGGGCUGAUUCUAACUUCAUCCCAUCGGUGAUGGACAGAUUAUCAUCUUUGACCGGCAACGAGGCCAAUGCAGACGCCGUGGGUCACUUAUCCAAUGGUUCUUACUUGUAUGAAACCAGUGCCAAAUCAUUCUUCUUGAGUUCUGACGUUGCCCACAGUGGCCAUCCUAAUUACCAAGAAAACUACGAAUCGAACCACAAACCUCAAAUGAAUUGCGGUCCAGUUAUCAAGAUCAACGCCAGCCAAAGAUAUGCUACCAAUAGUCCAGGGAUUGUGUUGAUUAAAAAGUGUGCCGAAAAGGCGGAAGUCCCAUUACAAUUGUUUGUGGUGCGUAAUGACAGUCCAUGUGGUUCCACUAUUGGUCCAAUCGUUUGUUCCAAAUUAGGGAUCCGUUGUCUAGAUAUCGGUGCCCCAAUCUUGUCGAUGCAUUCCAUUAGAGAAACCGGGGGUUCUUAUGAUGUUGAAAAAUUGAUCAAGUUGUUCCAAAGUUAUUAUGAAAACUUUUCCCAAUUGGAAUCUACCAUUAUUGUGGAUGGGCAUCUCGAAUAA